AGCUGGUGUUUGUGACAGCAGAGGCUCGGUGUGGACGUGACAGUCUCACGGUUGUGUGUCUGCUUACACGCGUUUCUUACAAAACGCAGCCAGUCGUUUCAUAACACACAAAUGCAAGCGGUGUUUAGGUCACAGACGCCGUUUCUGUAGCAUUGCUCUCCAACACCACAUGUGAGAGUGAUCCAGAGUGUCACCUGAACCUGCUACCGGUUUUACAGGAACACUGCUGAGAACCUGUCAGGAGAACUCGCUGGAAAAGUUGUACGUUACAAGAGAACCUGCUUCCAACUGUUUGAGUGCCCCUGAUGGCUGGUCGACUCCUUAAAGUCUCCUCUCUGGCCACAGCAGUGUUUGCCUCCUCAGGGUUUUACCUCUACAACAGACAGCUGGACCUCAAUGACCUGAGUGUCAUCCGCUUCGGACGAGCUGCAGUCACCACGGUGGUCAUCAGCUACGACUAUCUGACAGCCUUCAAAGACGUGGAAUAUGGCUCAAAGGAGUACUGGACCAUCAAGUCCAAGGUGCAUCAGCGAUCAGCAGAGCGUCUUCGAGACUUGUGCUGUGCCAACCGGGGUACUUUUAUCAAAGUUGGGCAGCACCUGGGUGGUCUGGACUACCUGCUGCCUGAGGAGUACACAUCCACACUGAAGGUGCUGCACAGCCGAGCUCCUCAGAGCAGCAUGCAGGAGGUCCGGCAGGUCAUCAGAGAAGACCUCGGAAAGGAGUUGUCAGAAUUAUUUGUCUCCUUUGAGGAGAAGCCUCAGGGUGCAGCCUCCUUAGCCCAGGUCCACAAGGCGGUGCUGCAUGAUGGGAGGACAGUAGCCGUCAAAGUCCAACACCCCAAAGUACAGAGACAAAGCUCCAAGGACAUCAUGGUGAUAGAGGUGUUGGUGCGGGCAGUCCAUUGGCUCUUCCCAGACUUUGCCUUCAUGUGGUUGGUGGAGGAGGCCAAGAAAAACAUGCCACUGGAGUUGGACUUCCUUAAUGAGGGACUCAAUGCUGUGAAGGUGGCCAAAAUGCUGGCUGAUUUCCCUUUUCUCAAGGUUCCCAUGAUCCACUGGGAUCUUUCCACAAAGAGGAUCCUGACCAUGGAGUUUGCAGAGGGAGGGCAGGUCAACGACAGGGACUACAUGAAGAAACAUUGCAUCAAUGUCAAUGAGAUUUCUGAGAACCUGGGCAAGAUAUACAGCGAAAUGAUCUUUGUCCACGGCUUUGUUCACUGCGACCCCCACCCAGGCAACGUGUUGGUCCGAAAGUGUCCCCAGAGCAAGAAGACCGAGAUCGUUCUGCUCGAUCACGGCCUCUAUCAGGUCCUUCAGCCACAAUUCAGGUUGGACUACUGUCGGCUAUGGCAGUCUCUGAUUAACGGCGACAUGUCUGGGGUGGAGCGUUACUGCCGCAGACUGGGAGCUGGAGAUCUGUUCCCCCUGUUUGCCUGUGUGCUGACGGCGGAAUCACUGAAUGCAGUAGCUGCAGGACUCAGCUGAGCACUUCAGUUCACCCAGAGCCCUGACGUUGAGAUACGGACCAAUGCAGCUCUGUACCUGCCCCAGAUCAGCGAGCUGUUGAACAGAUUGCCCCGACAGAUGCUGCUGCUGCUGAAGACCAACGACCUGCUGAGGGGCAUUGAGACCACUUUACAGACCAGAGCUUCCUCCUCGUCCUUCAUCAACAUGUCCCGCUGCUGCAUACGAGCCAUGGCCAGGCACAAGAGGAGUAAGGCUGAGUCUGGGAGCAGGCGUCUGCAUAUCACACUGGCAGAGUCUCUGAGCCUGUGGAAACUGUCUGUGUAUGAACUGUUUCUGUGGCUGAAAGGCUCCAUGGUGGGACACUGGCUCACUGCUCUGCUGACACUUCUGCACUGAGACACAUCUGGAUGUCACACCGGAACAUUAGCAACAGGCUGGAACUACAAGAUCUCAAGGGGUUUUUAAUACACAUGUUCACGUGCCCACACACCCACUCGCACACAUGAAUGACUUCCAAUUAUGUUAAUGACAAAAUUUGUAACUAUGGAACAUACAAGGACGCAACAUGUUGAAGCCUGUGGUGGCUGCUGGGGACAUUGCAGGCCUGUUCCAACACAUUUACAUAUGUCCACUCAGCAGUGUUGAGAUCUUUUUUUCAUGAAUGUGACAUAAUUUUACUUCAUAUAUUGAAUAUAAAUGCCAAAUCAAUUUAAAUUGCAUGAGCCAGAAAUUGACUAAAAGCAUUAUCUUAUGAAGAGUAUUUACCAGGUAUUAGAGAUAAGACACCACACCUGUGCUCAAAGAUCAUAUCUGACAGGCUGCACAGUAGUGAGUGGAUGGAAAAACUGGAUAAAAAAAGAAGUAUUUCAGUAUUUUAGGAAGUCUGGAACAACCAUUAGAAAAUACAUGCAUGUAAACCCACUGACACAAACAGGUGGAAAGAAAGAAAAGGUCAUUAUCAGUCAUUCAUCAGAAUUUACCUUCAUCACAUGACUAAAGAGGGACAUCCCAGAACACUAUGUACCAACAAAGUGAUGAGGACUGCUGAGAACCGGGUGCUAUCCUGAUAUGAAGAGUAAUUAUCUGAUUUAUGCUCAUGUCUUUAUGAGUCUUUAGUCACUGCGAAGGCGAUGUGUUGUUCAAUCCUGAAUGAUUCUAGCUGAAUGAUGUGGGACUAUUGAUUCAUUCCUGCUCCUCAACAAAAUACCUCAUGUAACUGUAUUUUCUGGGAAUGCAAAAUGCUUAAAGAGUGUAGGUUUUUCCAUUGUUUUAUUAUUGUACAGUGAUGGGUCAUGUUUAUUCUUUCAGUGGUAUUGCUGUAAUAAGUCAAAUACUGUACGGUCAUUCCUCAAACACAGCAGUCAGAUGUUAGACAGUCAGUGUGCGACUGUGGUGGGUCGAAGAUGUAACGCAAAUGAUUGUGUGGGUUUGCUCACCCCAGCCUUGUUUGAGUCUUUUUCUUUCUUUCUUUCUUUUUCUUCUUC